UUCUGAUGUAGCGGCGGCACGGCGGCCUUUCUUCGCUGCUCGUAGGUUUCCCCCUCGAGCUGUCCCGUUUCGUAUCCCGGUUUUAUUUGUUUCUUGAAUCUCUCUCUCUCACAAUGACUGGAACGUGGUCGCCACUUUUCGCCGCGUGCCUCCUGCUCCUGGCUGCGGGGAGCGCGAAGGUUUCGGCGGCGACGGACGGUCUGGUGAACGAAGACGUGAAGAGGACAGUGGACCUGGGCACUCAUCUGGCCAAAAUCACCUUGGAGAUCGUCUUGUCCAACCAGGGACACUCGGCCGUCCACAGCUUCAUAUUGGCGGUGGAGCCUGAGAUGGCCCCGCACCUGGCGUACGUCGGAGCCUCGGUGAAGGGUGAUGAAGAGGAGGAUGGGACACUUGAACUCCAACAGACAACAAUUCAGGGCCAAAGUGGUUUAUUUUACAAAGUGCAGCUGCCCUCCAGUCUGGCGGCAGGCGCUCAGCUGAAAACGAAGGUGGAGAUGACGUUGAGCCACGUCCUGAGGCCCUUCCCCACCCACAUCACGCAGACUGAGCGCCAGCUGGUGGUCUUCCAGGGGAACCACUACCUGUACUCCCCUUAUCCCACUCGCAGCCAGACUACACGCGUCCGCCUGGCCUCCAAGACUGUGGAGACCUACACCAAGCUGGGUAACCCCAGCAAGAACGACGAGAUCAUCGAGUACGGACCUUUCCGUGACGUGGCGGCGUUCAGCGAGGAUACAAUGAAGAUCCAUUACGAAAACAACUCGCCCUUCCUCACCAUCAGUAACAUCAUUCGGACCAUCGAAGUCUCUCACUGGGGUAACAUCGCUGUGGAAGAGACCAUCGACCUGAGGCACACGGGAGCAGUCCUGAAGGGGCCUUUCUCACGCUACGAUUAUCAGCGUCAGUCAGACAGCGGCAUCUCAUCUGUCAAGUCCUUCAAGACUAUCCUUCCCGCCUCGGCUCAGGACGUCUACUACAGAGAUGAGAUUGGAAACAUCUCCACCUCCCAUCUGCAGGUUCUGGAUGAUUCAGUGGAGGUGGAGGUCAGGCCUCGCUUCCCCUUGUUCGGAGGCUGGAAGACCCACUACAUGAUCGGCUACAAUCUGCCCAGCUACGAGUACCUCUACACCCUGGGGGACCAGUAUGCACUGAAGAUGAGACUGGUUGACCAUGUGUAUGAUGACCAGGUGAUCGACUCCUUCACUCUUAAAAUCAUCCUCCCAGAAGGAGCCAGAAACAUCCACAUGGAGACGCCGUACAAGAUUGAUCGCUUGCCAAACCAGCUGCAUUACACGUAUCUGGAUACGUUUGGCCGACCAGUGCUGAUCGCCACCAAGAACAACCUGGUGGAGCAUCACAUUCAGGAUGUUGUGGUUCAUUAUAACUUCAACCGGAUCCUGAUGCUGCAGGAGCCUCUUUUGGUUGUCGCGGCCUUCUACAUCCUCUUCUUCACCGUCAUCAUCUACGUCCGCCUGGACUUUGCCAUCACAAAGGACCCUGCAGCCGAGGUGCGCAUGAAGGUGGCCUCCAUCACCGAGCAAGUGCUGACUCUGGUCAACAAGCGGCUGGGUCUGUACCGGCACAUGGACGAGGUGGUCAAUCGCUACAAGCAGUCCCGCGACACCGGGACGCUCAACAGCGGUCGGAAGACCCUAGAGGCCGACCACCGCGCCCUCACCAACGAGAUCAGCUCGCUGCAGUCGCGCCUCAAAGCGGAGGGCUCCGACUUGGCCGAUAAGACCGGGGAGGUGCAGAAGCUGGACGGCCAGGUGAAGGAGCUGGUGUGUCGCUCCUCCCAGGAGGCGGAGCGGCUGGUGGCGGGCAAGGUGAAGAAGGAAGCGUACAUCGAGAGCGAGAAGUCUCUGACCGCCAAGAGGCAGGAGCUCGUCAGCCGCAUCGACAGUCUGCUGGACGCCCUCUAGACCUGGCUCACUAGCGCGCACAAGCAGACACGCAACAACAACAACCCUGCUACGAUAUUCAACCGACUAUCUGUAUGAAUGAGGAAAUGUGACACGAAUGCUUCUUUUUUUUUUUUUUUCAUCUUUGAACCCAAUCAUGGACAAUUAAAAUCUCCUCUCCUGGUCGUGGUUUAUCCAAACAUGCGUGCCUUGUGAUAAACGUGAGGUCACUGCGUCCGGCUCUACAGCUACGUCACAACUUUUGGCUCUUUUUUUUUUCUCCGUUCGUUGGUCUGUUUUUGAGUUUAUUGAGCUACAGUUAAACUUUGUCACACUGCGCAGACUCGACACCUGAUUUUUAUGUUCAAAUCUGAAAUAUUUUGUUUUUCUUCCCCAUCUUUUAAGUGUGUGGUUAUGGGACUUUUAUUUUGAAAACUAAUAGGAGAAGGGCCCCAGGUCUCAUGUCUUUACUCGCAUAUGCCACAUUCUAAGGUUGAGUCAUCUCGAGCUCUCAAGUAUUAAGGUGAUCUUUAUCCAAUUGUGUCUCUUUUGCACUUACAUCUUUUUUCUACUCACGACUGACGUUUAAUUUUUUUAAACAAAUUUGAAGCUGUGAUUCGGUGUCGUCUCAAAAGUUUGUUUUUUCGAUGUUUUCCUCAGUCAUAUUUUCUACAUUUUUGUAUGAUUUUUCUCUUGUUUUGUAAGUAGUGUUUUUUGAACAUGAGAUUAGUGAAUACAUGAGAUUAGGUUGCAUGCGAGAAAAGACAUGGGGGGUGGAACACCGAGGCCGGGGACACGGGCGAUGAUAUGGAAAGUUGUCAAAUUUCAAAUAAAGUUUUGAGAAACU